AUUCUCCUACCUUCGCCUGAAAAAAAUUAAACCUUCAUCAUUCUCUGUCCCUGUGAAAAACAACUUUGUAUGCUUACAUUAUUACAAGGUUUGUUUUUGUGAGUGGUUAAAGUUCGUGUCUUUGUGAAAGAUGUCGACGAAUUCAAAUACGAUAAGGCGAACCCCACCUGGGAUUUUGCUUAUCAGAAAUAUUAGAGGUAAAGAUUGGAGCCUGAAAUCAUAUAGAUAUAUAAUUUUAUUGCUUACCUUCAUCGCAUACGCUACCUAUCACGCCUCUAGGAAACCUAGCAGCAUAGUCAAGAGCGUUUUGUAUCCAGAAUCCAUGAAAUCUUCUGAUCCUCCAUGGCCUGUUGGAAAUGUCUUCAUCGAGGAAGAAUUUUCGGGUUUUGGUACAAAUGGGGUGAACAAUAAGGGUUGGUAUCCUUUUAACGGAACCGAUGGUACAUCGAAAUUGGGCGAAAUCGAUGUCGCUUUUCUGGCUUGUUACUCUUCUGGAAUGUAUGUUGCAGGGCAUCUAGGGGAUACUCUGGAUCUUAGGUUGUUUUUGACAAUUGGGAUGAUUGGGAGUGGCAUUUUUGUGGGACUAUUUGGGAUGGGAUACUAUUGGAACAUUCAUGAGUUUUGGUUUUAUCUUUUUAUGCAAAUGGUUGCCGGGUUGUUUCAAGCAACCGGUUGGCCUUCGGUUGUGGCCGUCAUCGGGAAUUGGUUUGGGAAAAGGAAGAGGGGUUUGAUAAUGGGAAUUUGGAAUGCACAUACUUCGGUCGGUAAUAUUAGUGGAUCUCUCCUUGCCGCUGCUGUUUUGGAUUAUGGUUGGGGAUGGUCUUUUAUUGUCCCGGGAGCAUUGAUUGCUUCGGCAGGGGUACUAGUUUAUUUGUUCCUGCCUGCUUAUCCUGAGGAUAUUGGUUUUAGUGGCGCAAAUGCUUCCUCUUCUGAAGAGGAGGAUCGGAUUCAGAAGGCUUCGGAGCAGAAGGGAUCUGCGGUGAAUGUAGAAAAAAGUUCUGAUCUCAAAGCAGGGUCGGGGAGUAGGAAAGGUAUUGGAAUUUUCGAAGCUUGUUCCAUACCAGGCGUGAUUCCCUUUGCAUUAUGCCUCUUCUUCUCAAAGCUCGUCGCCUAUACAUUUUUAUACUGGUUACCAUUUUAUUUAAGCCAAACAGAAAUUGGUGGGGAGUACAUGUCUGUGAAGUCUGCCGGAAACCUCUCAACCUUAUUUGAUGUAGGGGGUAUUGUUGGGGGGGUCCUAGCUGGUUACAUAUCCGAUAAACUUAUAGCCCGGGCUACUACAGCAGCCACCUUCAUGUUUGCUGCAAUACCUUCAAUGAUCUUAUACCGUUUAUAUGGAAAUAUCUCACGUGCCACCAACAUUUUACUGAUGAUGAUAGCUGGCUUGUUUGUAAACGGGCCAUAUGCCCUUAUCACGACUGCAGUUUCAGCAGACCUUGGUACUCACAGUUCCCUCAGAGGGGAUUCUCGGGCACUAGCAACAGUGACAGCCAUAAUUGAUGGCACUGGCUCAGUUGGUGCUGCUCUCGGCCCUCUUAUCACUGGGUUUCUUUCAUCAAAGGGAUGGGACACGGUUUUCAUGAUGCUAAACGCCGGUGCUCUUAUUGCAUCACUUCUUUUAUCGCAUUUGGUCAUAGCUGAAUUCAGAGAGAGAACUAGCAAACCAUUGCCACCAUCUCAUGGACAGCAAAACCAUGAAGCUACCGGAUCACAACCCCUUCUAGGUAAUCAAAGGUGAGAGAAUUCAGGUAUUCUGUGAAGGAACUACAAAAUUCAAUGGAGCUUAGAGUAUAUAGUAGAGAGAAAAGUGAUA